UGAAGCGUUUCAGCAUCGCGGAUCAUGAAAUCCCAACAUGAAAUCCCAAAUCCAUCAGCGCCACUAAAAACAGGAUUUUUCUGCUCUGCUUUUUCUGGACUGAAUAUGACAAACCGUGCCAGUGGUUCUUUCUGGUCCAGGACCAUGUGACCAGUUGGCAAAGAACCACAUCAUCUGCGGAUGAACUGGAGGAGCAGUCACAGUGUUUACCUCCUGCUUCAGGAGGAGCAGAACGAGGCAGAGACACUGUCGAGGAGACAUGAGUGUUAUGCAUCUAAGAAACCUUUAACAACUCAAACACACCCGACAGAUUACAAUGGUUCCUGCUGAGAACAUGAGUGUUUUCUCUGCUGCAGAUUUCUGUCCCAACUGCAGCUCCACCACCCAGCCGGAGGUGGAUGUGACCAAGGUGGUGGUUUUGGGCAUGGUGCUGGUGGUGUUUGCAGUGUUCGGGGUGCUCGGCAACAUCCUGGUCAUCCUGUCGGUGUUGUUCCACCACCACUGGCGCUCGGUGACCCACUACUUCAUCGCCAACCUGGCUGCGGCCGACCUGCUGCUCAGCUCCGCCGUCCUGCCCUUCUCCGCCACCUCGGAGGCCCUCGGCAGAUGGGUGUUCGGACGCUCCUUCUGCGGCGUCUGGGCCGCCCUGGACGUGCUCUGCUGCACUGCCUCCAUCCUCAGCCUGUGUGUGAUCUCCAUCGACCGUUACCUAGCUGUCAGCUACCGUCUCCGCUACCCUGCUCUAGCUACAGGGCGGCGAGGACUGACGGCGGUGGCGGCCCUCUGGGGACUCUCUGCAGCCAUAUCCGUGGGCCCCCUGUUCGGCUGGAAGGAGCCCGACCCAGAGGAUGAGACGGUGUGCCGGAUCACAGAGGAGCCCGGCUACGCCUUGUUCUCAGCAUUAGGGUCCUUCUACAUCCCUCUGGCCAUCAUCCUGGCCAUGUACUGCCGGGUGUAUACAGUGGUGAAGAGGGAGACAAGCACCAUCAGGAAGGGCAGUAAAGGAGAAGGGGUCGAGACGGAGGGGGUGGUGCUGAGGAUCCACAGAGGGAACGCCGUGCAGACGGAGAAGCAGGAGGAGGACGAGGAGAUCAAGAGGCAUAAACGCUGCACCCUCUCCGUGCCGAGGCUGCUGAAGUUCACUCGAGAGGAGAAGGCGGCCAAGACUCUUGGCAUCGUCGUCGGGUGCUUCAUUCUGUGCUGGCUCCCUUUCUUCCUGGUUCUACCCAUCGGCUCCAUCUUCCCGUCCUGUAAACCCUCUGAAACCAUCUUUAAAAUAACCUUCUGGCUGGGUUACCUCAACAGCUGCAUUAACCCCAUUAUCUACCCGUGCUUCAGCCAGGAGUUCAAGAAGGCCUUCCUCAACGUGCUCCGUGGCCGCUGCCUGAGAACCGCCUCGCCACCGGGACACAUCACCACCCACUCUUCAAGUUCGGGCCCAGUGUCCAACACCUCCGACCCCUCGGCCCAAAGCAGCAGCUCUGCUCCCUCGUGGUGUUGCUGCACAUCCCUGUCAACCUCCUCGCCAUCUGCCGGCGGUUCAGCCCCGGCUCGGAGCACACAAAUCCAGAGUAGGAGUCUGCUGAGGGCGUGGUGCUUCUCGGCGAGUCGAACUCCGGUACCGCAGAACAGAUCAGCUCAGAAGGUCUUACAUCUUUCGCUCGACGUUAAAGGAGAAGCUGUUUGAAUGUCAUGUCGAGGCAACGUCAACAUAGGCCAACCCUGUACUUUGUUUUUGCCUUGGGGAAACACUCGGGUACAAUUUUUGCUGUGUAUCCCUCAGAGGCACCAGAGUGCAGGGCCAGAGGAAAGCGUCUUUCCUACAGAACGAAGCAGGAGGCAGCUCUGUUGCCUUCGGGCUCUGUGCAACGUUUAAACCCCCGGAGUGACGCAGACAACAUGAUUCACGGAAAGUGACUGAAUAAUGUUUUGGGGGGGCACUUAAUGUCACAGUGUUUAGGAGGAACUGCUCCAGUAGAGGACUGUGAAGUAUGAGCGCUCUCGAGAGACUUUUGGGGUAAUUUCUUCUCCUUUGCAAGGUCAGUGGGGACAAGCAUCUGUGUUUGGCUACGCACAAAAGAGAUAAAUGCAUCUUUUUGAAAUGACAUUGUAAAAGAACCCCAGAGAGAUGAUGUCUUUUAACAUUAGUCCAUUUCUGCAGCAUGUGCAAAAUCCUUUUAGGUCGAGGUACCAAGUGUCAGAGAAAUUACUUUACAACAUCCAACAUCCAUCUUUGUGGCCCUGUGACAGGUUGAAUGCUCAUAUUUUGGUUUUGUCUUGGCUGUAUCAACGAUGUGCUGAAUCUGUGUUGUUAACAUGAAAAGGUGUCAGAUGCUUUUUUGUUAAAGGUUGACCACGCCCACAGUUCCAUUUACGCUAAAAUGAUGGCACGCGUCAACCUGGCAGAUUCCAUUUUGUUCUAUUCCAGUGGGUGUUUGUCAAUCACCAUUUCUGUUGGUAAAUGCUCAUCAAAACCAAGCAUAGUUGCAAUUUCUCUCCCAGAGUUUGCCCCCAUUUGUGUUUCCUUGUUAUCCGUGAGAGAUGCGUUAUGCAAGUGUGGGAACCUCGCAAACCCUCUGUUUAAAACAAACAUCCAUGUUCUUCGUCGUCUUUUUCUUCUCUUCUUCGCAACCGAACCAAGAGCGCACCACCAACUGGACUGGAAAGUGUUGAACAACUAAAUAAAUGUUACCUUUAGCAUGCGUACAGUGAGUGCGGUUACAAAUAUUGGGCUGCACGCGGAUGUCCACAUAGGGGCUCAUGGAUACCCUGGUGGACAUGGGUGGAUUACGUCAUGAGGACCAAAGCGGACCCCAGCAGCACCUGGUGGACACGGAAAAGAUCAAUUCCCCUUUUGUCUCAGUGAUGGACUUUUUGUGACGACUGGUUUCCUGCCAGAUCUGCAUCUCUGG